CGCACACAGACCUCGGUGCAGCUUUCCCUGGGGACUCGGAGGGAUUUGAGGGAAUUGCUUGUGGCAGUGUUGUGCCCCACCGAUGCCUUUCACGGGUCCUCCUGCUGGCAGCUGGUGGUAGACGCCAGGAAUGUAAAGAAAAGGCCGACUGUCCCUGCCCUGAAAGAAUUUUGGCUUCGUUGGCGGGGGGGUUGGGGAUGGAGACACAGAAAGAAAAACCAACGGCCAGCGAACAAAGACUAUAGCCUUCGUUUUCCCUGGGUUCGCCAUGGAGCCCUUCUGUCUGCUCCUCCUGGCAGGUGUUAGCCUGCCUUUCGCCAAGGCUCUCAAGGGCAACGAGACCACCCCAGCGGAGAGCAACUUGACCUCUACGACCGCAGGCCCUCCGGACCCCCGCGCGUCCCAGCCCCUGCUGGCCUGGCUGCUGCUGCCUCUGCUGCUGUUAGUCGUCUCCCUCCUCCUCACCGCCUACUUCUUCAGGUUCAGGAAGCAGAGGAAAGCCGUGGUCAGCGCCAAUGACAAGAAGGUGCCCAACGGAAUCCUGGAAGAACAAGAGCAGCAAAGAGUGAUGCUUCUCAGCAGGUCCCCCUCCGGGCCCAAGAAGUACUUCCCCAUCCCCGUGGCGCACCUGGAGGAGGAGAUCCGCGUCCGGUCGGCGGAUGACUGCAAGCGCUUUCGGGAGGAGUUCAACUCGUUGCCAUCUGGACACAUACAAGGAACUUUUGAACUGGCCAAUAAAGAAGAAAAUAGAGAAAAAAACAGAUAUCCCAACAUCCUUCCCAAUGAUCAUUCCAGGGUGAUUCUGAGCCAAGUGGACGGAGCCCCCUGUUCAGACUAUAUUAAUGCUUCGUACAUAGAUGGUUACAAGGAGAAGAAUAAGUUCAUAGCGGCUCAAGGCCCUAAACAGGAGACAGUUAAUGACUUCUGGAGAAUGAUCUGGGAACAGAAGUCUGCAACCAUUGUCAUGUUGACGAACCUGAAAGAAAGGAAGGAGGAGAAAUGCUAUCAGUACUGGCCGGACCAGGGAUGCUGGACCUACGGAAACAUCCGUGUGUGCGUGGAGGACUGUGUGGUUCUGGUCGACUACACCAUCCGGAAGUUCUGCAUACAGUCGCAGCUCCCCGAUGGCUGCAAAGCCCCGCGGCUGGUCUCCCAGCUGCACUUCACCAGCUGGCCCGACUUUGGAGUGCCUUUCACCCCCAUCGGGAUGCUGAAGUUCCUGAAGAAAGUGAAGGCCCUCAACCCCGCCCAUGCCGGGCCCAUAGUGGUCCACUGCAGCGCCGGCGUGGGCCGGACGGGCACCUUCAUAGUGAUCGAUGCCAUGAUGGACAUGAUGCACGCCGAGCACAAGGUCGACGUCUUCGACUUCGUGUCGAGAAUCCGCAACCAGCGUCCUCAGAUGGUUCAAACAGAUAUGCAGUACACGUUCAUCUACCAAGCCUUACUGGAGUACUACCUCUACGGGGACACCGAGCUGGACGUGUCCUCUCUGGAAAACCACCUGCAAACGCUGCACGGCACCGCCACCCACUUCGACAAGAUCGGGCUGGAGGAGGAGUUCAGGAAACUGACAAAUGUCCGGAUCAUGAAGGAGGACAUGAGGACGGGCAACCUGCCGGCCAACAUGAAGAAGGCCAGAGUCAUCCAGAUCAUUCCGUAUGACUUCAAUCGGGUGAUCCUUUCCAUGAAAAGGGGUCAAGAAUACACAGACUACAUCAACGCCUCCUUUAUCGACGGCUACCGACAGAAGGACUAUUUCAUCGCCACCCAGGGGCCCCUGGCGCACACGGUGGAGGACUUCUGGCGGAUGGUCUGGGAGUGGAAGUGCCACACGGUCGUGAUGCUGACGGAGGUCCAGGAGCGAGAGCAGGAUAAAUGCUACCAGUAUUGGCCAACAGAGGGCUCAGUGACUCACGGCGAAAUAACAAUCGAAAUAAAAAGCGACACGCUUUCCGAAGCCAUCAGCAUACGGGACUUCCUGGUCACUUUCAAUCAGCCCCUGGCCCGCCAGGAGGAGCAGAGCCGACUGGUGCGCCAGUUCCACUUCCACGGUUGGCCCGAGAUCGGGAUCCCGGCGGAGGGCAAAGGCAUGCUCGACCUCAUCGCGGCCGUGCAGAAGCAGCAGCAACAGACCGGCAACCACCCCAUCACUGUGCACUGCAGUGCUGGAGCCGGGCGAACAGGUACAUUCAUCGCGCUCAGCAACAUUCUGGAACGAGUGAAAGCCGAGGGCCUUUUAGACGUAUUCCAAGCUGUGAAGAGUUUACGACUUCAGAGACCGCAUAUGGUGCAAACCCUGGAACAGUAUGAAUUCUGCUACAAAGUGGUACAAGAUUUUAUUGAUAUAUUUUCUGAUUAUGCUAAUUUCAAAUGAAAUUCCUGCCUUAAAAUAUUUUUUAAUUUAAUGGUCAGUAUAUUUUAUAAAGAUCAUGUUAAUUUAUUUCAUAGUUGACAUUAAUACCCGUCCUAAUUUCUUUGUAUAUAUUUUGUUACGCUUUAAAGGCCACUGCUAUAAAGUUAUUAAAUCUUAAAUACCCUUUUUAAGAACGGGAAUAAUGUAUGAAGGUCAAGUAAUAUCCCGUAAAACGCAUUUCUGCUAAUAUCGGUAAAUAUUCUAAUUUUGCGUUAGAUUCAUCAUAUCCCAUAAUUUCACACGUUCAGCACGUCUAAAUGUUAAAAAUCUUAAUAUGCAAUGUGUGCUUGACGCAGGAGAGUAAACACAGAGCCCGCUGUUAAGAAAGCGGUCGAGGACUCAAAAAUCAGUUGAAAGUUCCCUGUCCAGACACUGAUUUUUACAGGCCUGCGCAGUGGCAUUUUGCGGGAGGUAAAAUGUUCAUGGAGAUACACCGUAAGUAGGGGAUCCUGUGACGUCCUCAGUCUCAACUCAUGUGGUUUACCUUUACAUUUUAAAGAUCAAGGGCGUCACAGCCCGCGUGCAGGUAUAAAAUGCAUGAGCACAGUUGGUGACCAUAUAGUGAUACACGUGCGUUUACUCAAGGCUGGGUCCGUGCUGUCUGGGCCGGAAGUGGGGAGAUGUCAGUGCCGGUGGCAUGGUCACCCGUGGCCUUGGGUACGGCAAAAUCAGCUAUCAGGCUGCGUUCCCACGUGGCCACUUGUCCGUCUGUCUGAGUGUUUGGCUCAGAGGAGUCUCUGAGAAUCAAACCAACUGCAUUUCUCACUCUUGCCUCUGGUCUCGAGCUACCUAGAGGCUCAACACAAACCACUUCCUAAUCCUGACGUGCGGAUAGAGCCAAACGUCUGACUCACGCAGAUGCCAAGAGCACACGCUUGGGGAGACCACCACAAGCACUGAUGCUUUCAACUUUCUGAGAAGCAUUUUGGAUUGUUGUUUUUUUUUUUUUAAAUCUUGUACACGCUAAGAUUGUUUGUAAGAAAAGAAAUCUUAAAAUCUAGAUUUAUACAGUUUUUUUUAAAGUCCCCCUCCUCAAUAUUUCAAUAAAAGACACAGAGAGAGAAAUCCUUAAUCUAAAGGCUAACUUAUUUUUGAAUGGAAAUACUACUGAGACCUUUGACACUGGAUAAGAAUAAUCUCACUGCCAGACUGGAUUGGCUUAUGGGGCGACAAAAGGGAGAAGGUUGAAUGUAGAAAAGUUUAAUUUAAUGACGGUGAUCUUUCUGUGGCCAUUAGGUAGCAGACGAGCAUAUGAGCACAAUAUAUAUAUAUAUAUAUAUAUAUAUAUAUAAAAAUAAAGACACCUGCUCUAACAUACUAAAGCACUUAAGAUGUGCAUUUGGGGUACAGUGGUUUUUUUUUUGCUUUUAAAAAGAAAUAUAAAGGCCUUAUUUGACAUUUCCACUGAGAAGUGACUGCACCUUCCUAUUGCACUGUUCAUCCCGUGUCCGUUUCUGGUGUGCACAACGUGAUCCCAGGGUUUCUUGCAUACUAACGAUAGCCUCACGGUGAUCAAGUCUCCGUGGCUCCUCUGAGCCCCACUCCAUGGCAGAAGGGGUGCCAGCCGGAAGGGCGAGAGCACAACUUUGUGACCGAUGCCGCCGCCGCCAGCCGCAUCCCUGGGCACACGCAGUGCCGAAUACAUCCCUCCGUCCUUCCCGGGACCGUGAGGAUACGUUUGGGUCGAAGAGGAAAAUGGAGGCAGCUCUGCAAGAGGCACCAGCUGGUCCCAUAUGUUUUCAUUGUCAGAAUCCCCCCCCCCCAAAGCCUUUCUGUGACUGAAGGAGAAGAGAGAGAACCAAGCUUUUCAUUUGGCACCAAACCCUAGAAACCGAGCUGGCUACGUCGUGAUGAAAGUGAUUUGUAAUGUACCCGAGGGUUCAGGGUCAAAGUCAAGGGAACGGACUCGGUUCUAAUUUAGGAGCCCUCAUGAGAAGCUGUCGGGCCCUUCAGUGGUCUACCUGGCGUCUCUUGUGUGGCGAUUCAGGUCGAACUUACCAGGGGUGCCCUCGGGAAAGUGCCCCGUUUGUGCGUUGUUCUGUCUCCCUGUGCCCGCUGCAGGCAUCCUGGCACCCGCUUUGGUCCUUCCGCCUCUGGAAACAAGGCAGAAGCCGCGACCCCUUGGGCACAAGACCCCUGUCCCCAGUCGAGGGCAGUGCUUGCCUUUCUAGGGGCCUGGGAAUUGCAGCCUCCUGGCCUCUGCCCAGGCCCCCCCGACCCACCCAGUCCAAACAGUCCCUUUGGGGACGCGCUACCCUCUCUGUGCAACCGGGAAAGCUGACCUCUCCUCCCCCUCUGUCAAAGAAGGUCCAUGGACAUGACAGCGCCCCGCUGACGGGGCUGACGAGGCCAUUCUUACCUUCACGUUUUUGUGUGUCGCAUGAGGCUGCAUCCAAAUGCCAAAUAGCGAUUAGGAGCCUACCGUUCUGAUCGACAAGCUGUACGGUCACUGUGUGACUCACUCUACUGUUUCUCUCCAUGUGCUAGACGAAUGAAGAAUGCAUACCAGUGUUUUGAAAGGUAUUUUUAUGUGUUUUUAAAAACUUUUUUAAAUGAGCCUGACACGUCUGUUUCAGCAUUUGAAGACACGCCCAUGUGAUUUUUAAGAUGUGUGGUUCCUGAUACUUUUGUUUAACUAAAUCGUGUUUAAUUUAUGUGCAAUCUUUAUAAUACACAUCUGUAGUCCCCGUUUCAACUAUCAUAGUUUCUUUUAUUACAUCUGUAAUUUGAUCUUGCUCUGAUUAUAAUGCCAGUGAAUGUUGCUGAAUUCUUUGUAUAUGCAAAUUGCAAGAUCUAAAACAGUCUGAUGCAAGGAUAAAUCUUUACUUUGACUUCCA